AUCCUCAGUUGGCUGUCAAUAUGCAGAUGAGGAGAGGUAGAGAAUGGGAGGGUCUGGUUACGUGUAGAAGGAAGUCUGGUGAUACAUUACACUUACCAUCCAAAGUCAUACCAGUUGCUCCCUAUGCUCGGAAAAAUGAAUUCUACGUAUACACGAGUGACACCCACGCGUUGGAUCGACUGGACUUUCCCUCUUCGGUGGACCAGUUUCAUCCUCGCGGCUCAAUUAAAUCCCUCAGGAAAGGCUCCUAUGAUAUACGCUCUCUCAAUAGUGAUGGAACUCAAAACAUCAUCAGACGGCAUAGCCUAGUGAAGCUCCACUCCUUAACCAUUGAGGCCCCAAUCACACGGGUCUUCAACAUCAUCACGGCGGCUCAGGAGAAUUCCCCGGCAUACGUGGCGCAGGCAUUGGAGAAGGUCCUGGAAAUCCUGAGGUCCACAGAGCUAUAUUCUCCUCAGCUUAUUUCGGCUGCGCCAGAUAACAAUAAGCCAGUGCCAGCAGAUCCAGUUGCUACAGACCUUUUCAAGGGCCAAAGCCACUUCUGUCAGGUCGUCGUAGUAGUAGUGAUACUGCAACUAAGUACAGUCAGCUACCUCGUCCAUCACUUCCCUUGUUGCAACAGCAGGCCUCUGCAGGAAUAAGAGAGCUCUUAGCUGAAGAUAUGUCUUGGAACUUUGAUGUCAUCAAGCUUGAGAAAAUAACAGAUAAAAGACCUCUUGUGUGGAUUGGAAUGAGCUUGAUGUGCCGUUUUGACAUCCCAAAUACACUUGGCUGUGAUGAACAGACAUUACAGAAUUGGCUGACAUUGAUUGAAGCCAAUUACCACCCAGAUAACACGUAUCAUAAUUCAACCCAUGCGGCGGAUGUUCUCCAGUGCACAGCUUACUUUUUAAAUCAGGACAGAAUAAAACAGCUUUUGGACCCUCUGGAUGUGGCCUCGUGUCUCAUAGCAGCUGUGGUUCAUGAUGUAGAUCACCCUGGCAAAAAUAGUGCAUUCUUGUGCAAUACAGAUAAUGAGCUUGCUAUCCUCUAUAAUGAUCUGAGUGUUCUUGAGUCACACCAUGCAGCGGUUUCCUUCAAGCACACUCAUUCAGAUGACCGAGUCAAUAUAUUUAAAGCUCUGGACCGCGACACAUACAAGCACAUACGCAAGAGCAUCAUCGACAUGGUCCUGGCAACAGACAUGACAAAGCACUUGAAUGUUCACGUGAGUCAAACUAAAAAUCAUGCUGCUCUCUCAUUCCAGGGAGCGAGAGAUUCUCCAGACUUGAUGUCGUUUGGCACACCAGAGAAUUUGGUCAUAAUUAAGCGCAUGAUGAUCAAGUGCGCUGAUGUAAACAACCCGGUGCGUCCAUUGCAUCUGGCCAUUGAUUGGGCGCACCGUAUAGCGAAUGAAUAUUUUUCACAGACGGAAGAGGAGAAGAAACGUAGUCUACCCAUUGUGAUGCCGCAGUUCGACCGGACUACAUGUUCAAUCCCGAAGUCCCAGAUUGGCUUCAUUGAUUUCUUUAUAACAGACAUGUUUGAUGCAUGGGAUGCGCUGGCUGAGAUACCUGAACUGAUGGGUCACUUAAGAAGAAAUUACCAGUUUUGGAAAGAGCAAGAGGAAGCAUCAAAGAACAUUUCCUCCCAGACCCCUCCUGCUCUAACAGCGAAUGAGGAAGAGAGUCAUGAAGAGGAGACCACGAAAGAAAUGACAGAGAAGUCCACAGGAGAAGACACAAGCACUCAGAAAGAGACGAGCUAGUGACACCUCAUAUAGGCAUGAUAAUUUGGUUAGGGUUCGGUUAUAAAGGUUCUUUAGACUACUUCAGAAGUUUGA